CAAGCGAUGGAGGUUACCGAUUUUAUCUUCUCUCGGCGAGAGGAGGUCUUGCUCACCGGAGACUACAAUGCAUACCGCGCCCAGAGCUCGCGUCGGCUGCACAAACUGCGGCGGAAGCUUGGCCAGACGACCCCGAAAGGCCGCAAGUACGUUGCGAAGCGGGCUGUGACGGCGGAAGAUGUGGGAGAGAAUGCAGCUUACGUUCACCUCCUGCUCGUCAGCGCCGAACGGGCGUGGGCGCAAGCCAUGCAUAUGAAGGCGACGCAUUCGGCCGUCCCCUCGGCGAAAGGAAUCACCGGCGCUGCGCGGCGACACAUUGUCUCUCGACUCAACAAGGCGGCGGGUUACGCCAGGGAGCUGGUGCAGUUGCUGCAAGACCAGACGACCAGCGGUGCGAGCGAGACGGACGUGCUCGAAGCACGGGCGUACCUCGCCUCGCUGUUCGGGGCGCUGUACUUGGAAAAGCAGCGGUGGGAGGACUGUCUGCGCAGCUACUCGGUUGCGCGAGUGAUAUAUACGGCGCUCGGCCAGAAUGUGAAGAAGGAUGCCUUCCGGGACCUGCUGUCGGGCACCGUGGACCCCAGCCUGCGGUACGCAGCCUAUCAGAUGAAGCUGCCGCGCUCGAAACCGCUGCCCUCGCUGGCAAUCGAUUACUUUCCGGCCGACUCCGAGAUCCGGUCUGAAGUCGAGAAGAUCGAUCCGAGCUGUCUGACGAUGGAGGCGGUUGGGGCUCGCAAGACCGCCGAUGGUGCAACGCAGCAACUUCCCGAGACCAUCACCUGGCGAUCGCGCACCGUUGCGCUGGAAGAUGCAUCGAUUUCGCAAGCGCUUGCGGCUGCAUCUACAGCCGAGUCUCGUCUGGCUUCGUGGCUGGCAGAGGUCGCAGGACAGUCCGCCUCGGCCACGGACAAGGCGGCGGCUUAUGACCAGGCGAUCAUUGCCAGCCAGGAUGCGGUUGAUGCGACCAAGACUGCCAUUGACGAGCUUACCAGUGAAGGCGUGGAUCCGGGUGACCGGAGAAUCCAAGCUCUCCAGAUCACUCGUACAGCAGUCAACUACGCCCUCAUCGGGUGGCGCGUGGGCCGAAACCGGGUGCUCUGUGGCGAGGAGGAUGGUGUUCUUUUCGAUGCCGAGGGGAAGAUGGGCACCAAGCCUGCCACGAAACGCAUCGAAGGCAAUGGCAAGAAGUUGACCAAGCUGCGUGAGCAGGUUGUGCUCUACGACUCGACCCUGCAAAGCCUGGAUUUUAUUCUCGAACUGCCCGGUGUUGCCGCCGAUUCUGAGUUUGUCGCCGAGCUGGACGCCAAACGCAACUACUUCCGGGCUCUUAGGUGUCUAGCGAUCGGCCGUUCCCACGGUCUCCUCGCAAAAUCCAAACAGGCCUUGGCUCUGCACUCCAAGGCUUUGGAGCUGGUGUCUCUCGCCUCUACUUCAAGCCAAACCGACGCCGACACACAAGGACCCCCGCGACUGGACAUCUCCCGCCGUCAGAUCCAGGCCCUGGAGACGGCUCUCCGGAGCUUGGUCGCGCACUACCGGGGUCUCGUCACGAUCGAGAAUCUAUCCGCCGCCGAGACUGCGGACUCGGGCACACAACCGCUGAUCGAGCGCUUGAGCGAGUACGCGGGUGACGGUGUAGACCUCGCCCACCUCGUCCCUUAUCCGCCGCAGAUGCAGCCGAUCCCAGUCAAGCCUCUCUUCCUGGACGUGGCAUGGAACUACAUCGACUAUCCCCGCGAGCAACAUGCCGCCCCGCAGCAGCAGCAGCAGCAGCAGCAGGCCGAGCCAGAAGCAGAAGAGAAGAAGGGUGGCCGACGUGGAUGGUUUGGAUUCGGUCGGUGAACCUUGACCGCACUCUGUCGGUAUGGAGC